CUGGUGAUAAAUAUCUCGCUCAAGCCCUCAGACUGCAAUUCAUCUGCUCUUGAUGCCGGAACUCGCCUGAUCUGGGACUUCCACCAUUGCGCGGGAACCUGGACAUGGCUCAGACAGCGGUCGCGCCCUCUUUGACUCCUCAAGGACCUAAGACGAAGACGAAGGCGAAGAAGCGAUACCUCAAGGCCAAGAAAGAGAGACGUAAGAAGCGCAAGGCCCUCCCUGGCACCGCGCAUCGGACUGAAUCUUCGAGACGCGACGAGGAGGACGAGUCCGGGUCCGACGAGGCAGAGCCCAGCGGGAGCGAGAGCGAAGGUGCGUCAGCAGCGGAGCAGGUGGAUGCUCCUCCGAAGAUUGCUCUUCCUGCGAAGCGCGGGGACGGAGAACGACCGAAGAAAAGACGUAAGAUCGACACCGAGGAGCCCGACGCACGACACGCCUCGAGUCCAGAAGACGACGAGGUCGCCGAGCCCCCUGCGCAGCCCUCGAGCGCGCCCCGUCCAAGGUCCGCUACUCCUCCAGUGGCCCUCCCGGCGUUCCCCCAGCCUCGGCGACCGGAGGCCCCGUCGAAGUCGGUGCUCGCGCUGCAAGGGCUCGACAAGGCCUUGAUCGAGGCAGAGGUCGUCGACCCCGCGACCACCGUGCCGCUCGAUGCUGCCAAAGACGCACAGGACGAGCGGACGGGGCUGAGCGGGAGGAUGCGGAGGAGGUUGCAGGAUCUCGGUAUCACUGAACUCUUUGCUGUACAAACUGCUGUUGUGCCCUUACUCCUCUCUUCGCCAAGAUCGAGAGCGCUGUACCGACCCUACGAUCCACCGGAAGACCUGUGCGUGUCUGCGCCUACCGGAAGUGGGAAAACUUUAGCUUAUGUCUUGCCCAUCGUCGAGAUCCUAUCAUCCCGUGUUGUUACUCGAUUACGUGCACUAGUGGUCCUGCCGACGCGCGAUUUGGUAUUGCAAGUGCGAGAAACGUUUGAAGCGAUCGCAAAGGGUCGCGGUUUGAAAAUAGGUACAGCAACUGGACAGCAUUCGUUCGCACACGAGCAAGCACAGUUAGUAGCGGAGCGAAAUGAAGAGCUGCAAGGUGGCUCGAGCAAGGUGGACAUACUCAUAUGUACACCGGGACGUUUGAUCGACCACCUCAACGGCACGCCCAACUUCUCCCUACAGCACCUACGCUUCCUUGUCAUCGAUGAGGCCGAUCGACUGCUCGCACAAUCGUUCCAAGACUGGCUAGCACAAGUGUUAGCGGCAACACGACCACCACGGGCUUCCGAUGACAGCGGGGCCAGCCUGUCAAGCGAGCUUACGACUGCUUCGAUUAAUCUCGCAGCCAGAGGACGACCGCAUCCUGAUUCUCUAUCGCCCACCUUCCUCCACCUGCUGCGAGGCGUUCACUACGUUCGUACAGACUAUGACGAGAAAAAGGAGCCAUCCUGUCAGAAGCUGCUGUUUUCCGCGACGCUCACGCGGGACCCUGCGAAGAUCGCCGCUCUGGGGCUCCGCCAGCCGAAGUACGUUGUCGUGCAGAGCCCGAAGACGUCGGCAGCGAGCAAGGAGGAAGGCGUCCUCGACUUCGUGAUGGAGAAGUUCACCAUGCCAGCUACGCUCACGGAACACAUGGUCGUGUGCGAGUCCUCGGUCAAGCCGCUCAUGCUGUUCCACCUUGUCCACGCGCGCGGGGUCACCAACGCGCUGGUCUUCACCAAAUCCGCGGAGUCGACGGCCCGUCUCGUCCGGUUAUUCGAAUUCUUCGAGAGCGCGCACAGCGACUCGCAAGGGAGGAGGAUCGUCGCACGGGCGUACUCCAGCGAUCUCGCGCCUGGGGAACGCAAAUCCAUCUUGGAGCAGUUCAAGAGCCAGGACGUUCAAUUACUCGUCUGCUCAGACCUUAUCUCGCGCGGCAUCGACAUCAGCCACGUCUCCCACGUCGUAAGCUACGACGUCCCCGUCGAUUUCAGGAAAUACGUCCACCGCGUCGGCCGAACCGCGCGGGCUGGCCGGGCUGGGGACGCGUGGACAUUGGUCGAGGAGCAGGAGGCGAGGUAUUUCAAGACGAUGCUUAAGGAGGCGGAUCACCUGGACAAGGUGAAGCGCGUGCGUGUCGCGGAUGCGGACGUCGAGCCGUUGAAGCCCGCAUAUGAGGUAGCCUUGGCUCGCUUGAAGGAGUCCUACGCCCGCUCUAGUUGAUGGUCGGUUGGUAUGAUGUCAGUCUGGCGCUCCGGCACAGGCGGGAGAUGCGUCCGGCCUAUCGCGGGCCCUCGAUUUGCCGCUUGCGGCCCUGCUCGAUCAAGGUCCAGCGCUAGCAGAUUCAGCAGCUAUACUUGUGCUCCGUGACUCCGUCGGGUGCGAACAGAUGCGAACCCCGGGGUUGAUAACGACAACGAACGUGGCUGCUUUUCGCGGCCUUGGACCUCAAAUGAGACCAGAGGAGUUGGCUAUCUACAGGGUGGACCUCUACGCACCAUCGUGAAUGCGGAGUGAUCACGCAUACACAGUAUGUAAUGCUGCGUUUGUUCUAUCGAAUGAGACCGACAGCGCAUGCAUGCCGAGUGCCCAGCUCAUACUCAUCGCGUAAGGCAUGCGCAUGAUCAUGCCGAUGCGGGUGGGUUACUGCGGUCUGCUCCUCCGGUAGUGACUGGCCGUAGCUUAAGUCUCCGCUCGCAAAAGUCGUUUCUGUGCAGCCAGUCCAGGAUCUUGUUGCAGUUCGUACCGGCGUAAGUUCGGCGUUG